UGUUGCUGUUGAGAAUGUAACACAGAAUCAGAGAGAUUGCGCACGCCUCUGACAGUGUGUGUGUGUGUGUGUGUGUGAGUGUGUGUGUGUUUGCCUACCUCGACCAAGAGCCCAGAGCCUGAAUAACAGUAGGAGGAAAAUGGACGGAGUAGGUUCAUUUGGCGCUGGGAGAGCCGGGGCUGCUUUCGACCCUUUUGCCUUUAUUCAGCAGCCGCAGACCAUCCUUAGAAUAUUAUCAUGGAUCUUCUCAAUAGUGGUGUUUGGAUCCAUAAUAAAUGAAGGCUACGUCAACCAUGGCAGCGAGAGGCUCUAUUGCGUUUUCAACAAGAACAACGAUGCCUGCAACUAUGGGACCACCAUUGGGCUCAUAGCAUUUCUAGCCUGCAUUUUCUUCAUUAUCCUUGACGUGAAGUUCCAACAAAUCAGCAGUAUUAAAGACAGAAAGAAGGCAGUGAUGCUGGACAUUGGAUUUUCAGGUUUCUGGGCAUUUUUGUGGUUUGUUUGUUUCUGCUUCUUGGCCAACCAAUGGCAGCGCACCACCCCAGAUGAGCUGCCAUUAAAUCAGGGAGCGGAUGCUGCCAGAGCUGCCAUAACCUUCUCCUUCUUCUCCAUCUUCACCUGGGCUGGUUCGACUGUAAGAGCGGUGCAGAAGUACCUGCUAGGGACCGAUAUGACCCUGUUCACAACAGAGCACAUCGAUGGCAACCCUCCCGUCCAGCCCUACCCCACCGUCACAAGCACCGAGCCCGGCGACACAUACCAGAGCCCACCCUUCACUGAAAACCUGGACCCCACCGGCCAAACCUACCAGGUGCCAAUUUACUGAAACGCUGCCGAGCAAGAGUCCAAGUGCGAUGUCAUUGGUUUAUCAUGUGGAUGACUGGCACUGCUCUUCAAACUGAAGUGGUGUGACAAUGUUCAUAGGUAGUACCGUUCUGUGAACUUCUGUACAAGAAUAUGUCGAUUGUGAUUUCACUUUCAUUUGGAAUAUUACGUGUUAAUUUAUCAGCUGGAAUGAAACUGAUUGAAGGGUAUCAGUGUUGUAUAAAAAUGAAAAAGGUUACGUUGCAUGUAUUAUAUUUAGAGAGCUAUAAAGUGCCAUGCAUCCUAAACAAUAACUUAUAUAUUCAGUUUCCAUAAUGUUAUUGGGUACUGUAUAUAAAGUGCAAUAUCUGAAACAUGGAAUCACCAAACGUUUGACACGUUCUCCAACUAAAAGCUUACGAGAGGUGGUCUUCCUAAAAGAGGGCGGGGUUUCGCUGUAGAUAAGGGUGUCUUCUAUAUCAAAGGUGUGUAAAAAUGGUGUUGAUUCAAUGUUUGAUUUCGUGAAGCCUCUAAACCUGUUGAGACAAAGCAAGAUUUGGGAUUUUUUUUUUGUGGAUUUCGAACAAAAAGUUAUUUUAUUUUUAUCAGAGCCACAAUUAGUUGCAUUUUAAAAGUGAGGAAUACAACUAUAUAGUUAUGUAAAAAGUUGAUUUGGCAUUUAAAAUAAACAUAUUUGAAGAAAAUGGCAUUUGAAAGAAACUAAUAUUUUUAUUCAUCAAGGACACAUUAGAUUGA